AUGAGCGCCGGCCAACCUGUCAACGGUGACGGAAGGGCCUCCGGACGUGCUUGGGCUAUUGUCGGCCGAUCAUCUUGGUGCAUCGAGUGCCAGGUCUACCAAGUACGGCUUCUACCACAGCUGCAAACACCCCGACGGAAGCACCGCCUACCAGGAGGGCAGCCAUCUCACAAGAUCGAGUUGUGCCGAAUUCCCAACGGCCUCGGAUCCCCAGAGCUGGCCUCGACCUCGGCGGCUUUCAAGACGAAAUCGUCAUUGCACACUUCCUGUCCAAGUUCAGCAGCGGCUUCGGCGACCAUAUGCCUCGCGGAGGCUAUAUGGUCAGGCGCUGACGAGCCUCCGCAGCGACUUGCAGCUUGUCCAUCAGACGGAAGCCCGUGCGAGGGCGUACAUGAACUUGUGGACGUCCGUGUUUCUCGGCCUGUACGAGAUGGUGCUGUCUGCCGAGCCGUCCAACUGGCUGCAGCACAUGAUGGGUAUCUCGGCGCUGCCCUGGUGCGCGAUGUGCUCUACGACAUCCCCGACCUGAUGGAACAUGUCGAUGUCAUGCUUGAACUGGAAACGUCUGGUCACGACGUAUCCGCAGAGACGGCUCGCCUCCAAAACAAGGUCUCUCAGAGCAUAGACGAGCUGGCAAUGGAAAGCAUUGCACCCCGAUGCGGUCUGCUCAGUGCUCCUCUUGGUGUUUCCGCUGCGCGUGGCGUAUGCCCAUUUGCAGGGGUUGCCGGCGAUGGUGGCAUGGAUACAGGGGUUCAAGCUGGGAGAGUUCGUGCUGGAGUUGCAACCGCAGUCUUCAACGACGGCAAGGAAAGGGGGAUGUUGAUGCGCACGCUGACUCGGAUCGGUCCCUCGCAGCUGCCAACGUCUUCCUCCAUCGCCAAAGUCCCGACUUCAGCCUCACCAGGGUCCCAUCAAGUCGAGGCCGCACAAAACGCCUGCGAGCCAUCUAUAAUACACCACAUGUCUCGCCAAACCAAGUCAUGCACCCGCUGCCGUCAGCAAAAAGUCCGCUGUGACCGCGUCUCGCCCCGUCGCUCACGAUGCGCCUCCUCCAAGGCGAGCUGCUCAUUCUCGCAGCAACCGUGCGCCUCCCUCUCUCCUCCGCCUCCGCCAUGGACGCCCUCGGCCAGCACCGAAUCGCAAGACCUGUUCCUCUCCCUCUCAUCUAGUCCGUCGCUGUUGCUGGAGGAGCCUCACGGGUGCCAGAUCGAGCCAGAGCCCGCAUAUCCAAGCCCCGACGGCGGGGGCGACAUCAAGGUCAAGCGCAAGAAACGCCGCCGGGCUUGUCUGUCCUGCGUGCGCUGCCACCGUCUCAAGGUCAAAUGCGACAAAAAGGAGCCCUGCACACGCUGUCGUAUUUCCGGCUGGGGCAAACAAUGCGAGUACACGCACAGGCUCGGUUGUAUCGCCCAACUCAAGUCUCUGCCUGUCCUCGCAACCGACGAGGUCAUCCUUCGCAACCACAGCGCCGCAAGUGGCAUCAUGCUGCCCGACAACUUCCCCUUCAACAGUCCCCGCGCCCCUCCGUUUGCUUGUAUCGAAAAGGUGCGGACCCUGAUCGGGUCGCACCGCGGAGACUGCGACGCCUUCGUCAAGGGAUACUUGGACCUGUACCAGACGGUACACCCCAUCAUUGACACCAACGAGUUCCAGGACCGCGUCUCUGCGUACUGGAACGACCCUUCAUGCGUAGAUGCAGCAUGGCUUAGUCAGUUCCUCAUGGUCCUCGCCCUGGGCCAGCUGGUUGUCACGAGAAAGACGGCGCCGACCGUGGAGCUGUGCAUGGCGGCAGAGGCGUGCCUUGCCAAGACGCCGUUUAUGCUGAGGCCCAACCUAUCCAUCAUGCGGACCAUGUGUCUCAUGGUGCUGGCCAAGCUGACGACAAAUGCGACGUGCUGGUCGUUUGACGCCUGUUGGAAUCUUCUGGGAUUUGUGGUUCGGCAGGCGAUCUGCCUGGGCUUUCACCGACGAGAUCCCCCAACUUACUCAUCGCCGGUGGUGUAUGCGGACUGGGAGUCGGGCAAGAUUAUCUGGACCACGCUGCUGUACUUCAACAUCCAGGUCGCCAUGAUCUCGGGCAUGCCAUCGUGUGUAUCCACGGAUGUCGUUGCCUCGCAGGACUUGGCGUGGGACCUUGGGCCUCUGGACACGGCGGCGCUGGCAUGGCAUAGCGUCAUACACACGUCCUGCCCGACCAUCAUCAACAUCAUGUCACGGGUCAACGCAGACACAAACCUGCCCUCGUACGAGGAAAUCCUCGAGUACAGCAGCCAGGUCCGGCAAUGCAUGGGCAUACUCGAUCGCGUCCAGGGGCCUCGCACGCUUCGCAUGACGCUCGACAUGUUCUUCCGCCGGGUUCUGCUCGUGCUCCAUCGCCGCCACGCGCUCGAGGUCGACGCGCCCAGCAAGUAUCCCGUGUCGUACUGGGCCUCGCUCGAGUGCAGCCUUGCGCUGCUUGUCCAUCAGCACGACUUGUACGACCAGGACCAGGCGCCCAGGGGCGCGGACUUGCUGUUCCGCCUGUACAUGCUGGACGUGUUUGCCGCGGGCAUGACGGCGACGAUCCACUUGCUGAGAAAGGAUGCGCCCCUGGCGUCGGGGUUUGCCAUCCCGCCCAGGCAGACCAUUCUUGAGACGUUGCAGGCGUGUACGGAGCUGUGGGCAAACGAGACGAUUCAGAGUCCCUGCUUCAGGAUCGGCCAUGCCUUGCUGGACAGGAUUUUGGGGGCCUUGCUUGAGGGAUCUGUUUCUCUUCCGUGA